AUGAGCUCGUCUUCUCUCUCAUCCCCUUUCUCAGCUCCGGCGAACCUGCCUCUCCGCCUUCCUCAGCUCCGCCGCCACCGCGACCUGCGAGGGCGCCGUCGUCCGGCGGGCUUGCUCCGCUCCUCCCGCCGCCGCUCUCUCGACCUCCGGCCGGAGCCUCCGCGCCGCAAUGCGCUCGAAUCGCUCGGCUGCGCCGCCGUCUUCUUGGCCCUCGGCUUCGCCUCCGCCUCCGCCGCUCUCUCGCUUCCACCCGUCGCUCUCGCCUCCGAUUCCCGCGCUCCCGCCGCAGUUCCCCGAGAGGAAGGCCGAACUCGAGAUGGCUCCGGCGACGAGGAACGAGAGCGUGGAAGGGAAGAUGUAGCAGAAGAAGAAGAAGAGGAAGAGGAUAAGGAAUUGGAGGAAGCGUUUGAGAAAUGGAAGUCGAAGUCGUACGCUCUGACUGUUCCGCUGAGGGUCGUUGCUCUUCGCGGCUCCGUGCCUCCUCCUUGGAUUAAGGAAUUUAUGCAGUCCCAAGGGAAGAGAGUGCGGCUGCAACUUAAGUUGCGCGAGAGUCUUGACAGCAUAUUCUCGGAUGUGUCGACUGCUUUGGCCAAAGGCAAUGUCAAGCCCACGUCUACUGCUGCAGCUGAUAUUGUCACUGUUGGUGACUCGUGGCUUGAUCUAGCUAUAAAGAGAGGCUUGAUCGAGCCUAUAGAAGGGGCAGAAGAGCAGGAUUGGUUUUCUGGCUUAAAUGACAGAUGGAAGGUGCAUUUAUGCAGGAAUUGUGAGGGGGCAACUGAUACAGGCGGUAAAGUAUGGGCAGCUCCCUAUCGCUGGGGAAGCAUGGUGAUAGCUUAUAAAAAAAGCAAAUUCAAAAAGCUUAAUAUGGCUCCUAUAGAGGACUGGGAGGAUUUGUGGAGGCCUGAGCUUGCUGGGAGGAUUUCAAUGGUGGAUAGUCCUAGAGAGGUUAUAGGUGCUGUUUUGAAGUACAUGGGAGCAUCAUACAACACAGACAACAUUGACUCAAAAGUGGUCGGUGGAAAACAUGCAGUCAGGCAAAAUCUGGCAUCACUUGCAAAGCAGGUUCGACUCUUUGACAGUACUCACUAUUUAAAAGCUUUUGGGGUGGAAGAUGUAUGGGUGGCUGUUGGGUGGAGCAGUGACGUCCUUCCUGUUGCCAAAAAGAUGCGCAAUGUUGCAGUCAUUGUGCCAAAAUCAGGAGCAAGCUUAUGGGCAGAUCUGUGGGCCAUCCCUGCUGCCUCUAAGAUAGGCACCAACCAAAUCGGAGGUCGCAUUAGAGGCCCAUCUCCAUUAGUCCAUCAAUGGAUUGAAUUCUGCUUGCAAUCUGCAAGAGCAUUGCCUUUCCAACAGGGGGUACUUCCAGGUGCUGUUCCUCAGGCCCUUAAUAGUACAAUCGUUGAAAUGCCAAAAGAGCUCGCCAAGGUCAAUAGGCCGAAGCUAGAUACAAACCUCGUGGCUGGAGCACCUCCACCUCACAUACUUAACAGGUGCGAGUUUUUGGAACCACUGCCUGAUGCUACAGUCUCUGAUUAUGAGUGGCUGAUAAGAAGUAUGCAGACAUCUGGUCCUGGCUUUAUUGAGCGUUUGCUGCUUAAGAUGUCAGUGGUGAUGCGGGUCCUUCAGCUCAGGCUUCAUGCCAAGAUAAGUUGAGACGAUGCGGAGUCAUAAGGUGCCUCAUGUAAUCAGCUGAUAAGCGGAGUAGUUUUCUCUUCCUUUGACUCAAAAUGACACAAGCGUAGAUUUAUUUAGAAAUGAGUGGCCUUUGACUUGAAGGCCGCUCUAAGGAAAUGGAAAUUGAUUCCCCGAAAAUGCAAUAGAUAAUUAUAGGUCAAAUUUAGUCAUAUGCAUAAGAAAAUGCUUCUUUUUGGAUUCAAACGUUGUCCACAUACAGAUUAUUGUCUGGGCAAUACCAUGCGUACGAGAUACUGUAAAUGUUAUGAAAUGACAUGUUUAUAAUCGAGCUACUCCUGUAACUUCUCUUGUGAAAGAUUCAUUGGGAAGAAGGGAAAGCUUGUUGUUUAUCA